CGCGUGCGAGAAUGUGUCCUCGCGCUCACUCCACACGCGCACUCUGAAAGAGCUCGAGCUCCAGUGCGCGCGGGGACCCGCUCUCUCUCACUGUCACUCUCUUUAUCGCUCUCUUUUUCCCGCUCUUUUUGUGUUUAUUUGAUGAUUCUCAUUUUUACGCUACAAACUAAUUUUAACGAAUUUUCUACGGAUAUAUUUUUGCGCUGGUUUAACGAACAGAGAGUCGACGGGAGAGAGAAAAUGCCGGGGGAAGCCGGAGUACAGUAACGGACUUUACCGGUCAUUAGUGGACUUUACCGGCCAUUAGCGGACUUUACCGGUCAGCGGGUUUCUAAGCCGCGUAGCCGGGGAACAGGGGCCGGUGAGCGGGCAUCUGUGAGCUCCGUGCCCCGGCAGACUCUCCAGCGGAAAUGUUGGAGCUGCUGGCCGGCUAAAGUGACUCAGGCUCGGGCAGAGACUCGGCUAAGUGCCCUGUGCUGGUACGGGUGCUGUGAAGUUUACUGGUUAUGGGUCUCAGCAGCGCUCCAGUGUCCUCCCUCUGUUUGAUUCUUGCAACCCUCUGUGCAGCAGCGUUGGCAUGUAGCAGCCAUUAUGAAUACGCCAUCGAGGAGUUCUGCCUGGCCAAGUUCAAGCUGGACAUGGAAGCUUUGGACCAGGGCCAUUGGUGCAGCUGGGAGGACACAGUAGAGUCCUAUGGGGAGUUGACAAACUGCACGUUCCUGGUGGCGCUGAAGAUGAACUGCUUCUGGCCCAACAGGCUGGUGGACGAAUUCUUCAUCCGCGUGCACCGGCACUACUUCCAGGACUGCUCACUGUCGGGCCGGCUGCUUCACGACCCGCCCAACCGUAUCCUGGGGCCUUUUAUCAUAGUGCCCAUACUGGUCACGUUGCUCAUGACGGCUCUAGUGGUGUGGAGGAGUAAGCGCAGUGAAGGCAUCGUGUAGGGCAGCCCUGAACACCAAAGUGCCCUUCAUAAAUAACACAUCACAUGACAACAUCCUGAGAGCACAUAGUAUACUGAUGCUGCUGCUGCUGCAACCUACAGACCUUUCUGUGCGACUGAUUGCUUGUAUCUUGUCAUUGACUGGUUGGCCAGCGAAGCAACCUAAUGCAUAAACAUUUACACAUACAUGCAAACACACACACACACGUCACAUGCCAACAGUUCUACUCUACUAAAGACUGCCCGCCCACACACUGGCAAACAGAUUCGCAAAGGACUUUACUUCCAAAGAGUCAGAGUUGUAUGGAUCUAUACAGGAAGUUUCCAUAAGGAUGCCUCAUCAGUUGCAGCAUAAGCAGAUCUGCCCUCUGAACAAACGGACACUAGCUGAAUGAACCUUAUUUACAAACUGAAAAAAAAAACACACAAAUAUCUAAAGCAAAAGGAAAGACACUGUGUGUGUUAUAUGUGUGUGUGUGUGUGUGUGUGUGUGUCUUGGGACUCCUCAUUAUUAUCCACAAACGUUGAACUCAACAGCUUGCACUCAUAUGCCAUUACUCAUGUGUAUCAUGCCAAAUGUUGACAGCACUUAUUGUAGUAAAUAUUGUUGUUCUGUUGCAACAAAACCUUGUAGUUUAAAAAUAUUAUGUAAACAUUAAUGUAAAGAAUGUGUCAUAAGACUUUCAUGAAGGGCAGCAUUCCUAACAUCCACUGAGGUAACAUUACACUCACCUUCAAAAAAAGGGUUGCAUCACCACAAAAAGAGUGUUUUGGAUUGCAAUGCUAUUUAAAAUAAAGUAAAAAGUUACAGAAACAGUUUAUAUUUACACUUUCCACCUGCGUUAAUAGCAACGCAGUUUAAAUAGCAACAGAGCUUAUAAAUAUAUAUAUAUAUAUACAUAUUGAUGGGAGUACACAGGAAACAGGAAAUGAGGCAGAUCUUUUUUUCAAAGACACACAAUCCAAUAAACAGACAAGGGUCGAAUCACUGGCAAACAGGGUAAUUUAGAGUCUUAGGCAAAGACGAAGUCGAAGCAUGAGGCAAAAGGUUAAAAUUCCAAAACAAAAACACUAGGACUAGAACUGCUCAGAGCUUAGAGUUCAGAAGAUUGAAAUACUAAGACUUCUAAGAGUCUAUAGCCGGAGGCUCCUUUAUAGAGUAUGUGAAUAGCAUUCAGGUGAGUGUGCCAGUGAUCAGAACUCUGGUGAUGCUGAGCACUGUUGGGCAGGAGAGUGUGGAGUUGUAGGGCUGACAUAUGCUCUGAAAGUGAGAUGUGUUCAGGUAAAUUUCUUGUGUAUUACUAUCUUGGCAAUGGUACACACAAGUGCACCACUGACUACCCACCAAGGUGCAAUCCUGUCACUUAAUUCUUUCCGAGUGCAACCAUGUUUUUGAUGUUGAGUGUAUAUGAAACUGAAACUGUUGGAAUAGGCAUAUAUAAUGAUACAUGUUUAUAACAUGCAGGUGUUAUAUACAGGCCUAUUAAUGCUACCCUUCAUAAGAGUGUUCAUAGAAGUUUUUUGUUUUCCAAGUCAUUUUGGGACGUUUCUUGUUGUUCACUACACUAAAACCUCCACACAAUGUAAACAGCAGCUGGCAUAAUUUAAGUUUUGUUAAUGAACAAGGUUUUCAUAUGACGGCCACUAUGUGUAAUUCUGUUAUUUAAUAUAGAAAUAGAAUAGAAUAAAGCACUUUGAAGUCACAAUAACCACGCCAUGUAAAUGCCAAUGACUCUGAGAUUCUGUUGACAGUGAAUCUGGGGAGUAAAACAAAGGUUACUUGAACUUGGAUGUAUGUUUUGCGACAGAAAUGUAGUUUACUAGGCUACUCGUCUCACUACAGUUUUGGAACAUUUUGGAAUGACUUACAUUGUUUUUUCAUUAUAUACAGUAAUAUUUUAUGGCACUUAUAAAGUGUUGAAAUAAAUCUAAAAGAAUGAU